AUGUACGCCAAUGACGAUCAGCUGAUCAGCGCCACCAGUAGAAAUUUCUCAGUUGAGCGCGUCGGUUCGUGGGUAGGUGCGACGCGAGUGUCGGCGCCGAAUUCGGCUUUUCAGAAGUUGUACCGAGUCCAAGAGAAAACCAAUUGCGACGAGUUGAAAGUGUCUCGCGGUGAACUCGAGCGAAUUCGAUAUGUGUGUCUCAAAUUCAACAAUAAUGAAUGGUGUCGUCGGAUGGUGGAAUUGAGAAAGCACAUUGAGACGAUCAAUGAGCUGAAGACGCGUUAUUGUCGGUCUCCGAAUCAGCAGCAGUUGAUUGAAAUGGCUCAGAGCGAGUUCCGCAAGGAGUACAAUUUUCUCAAGGAGCGCAGCGAGACUUCUCGCGAUAUUUCGCCGAUAUGUGUUCUAAUGGACGAGAUUCACCCGAUAGCCCAUGAACCGAUUUACAACAUCAUUGCCAUUCUGAUAAUCGUUCUAAGUGUGAUGAUCAUCCUUCGAAGCUUGGUUAGUGAUUGGGUUCAGGGCUUAUUGGAAAAUGCUGCCGAUUCUGUUCAUCGUUUUCAUGAGUUGGCGCACAAAAUUCGGCCAAUCGCUUAUGGUACGUUGAAGGCGCGGCGAGACCCAAGCAUUCAGUUCCAGACGCUUUUGUCCGUUUCGAUUCAAUUGAUCGCUAAUGAAAUGUUCAAUUAUUGGAGACGCUGGAUUCCAUCAUCAGCCGAAUCGAAUCCAUCAUUGGGCGAUGACGAAAUCGGCAAUCAACGAGCGAUUCGUGACAUUCAAACGAUAUUUGUGAAGCUCAAUAGCUUGAUUGAAGCCAAAAUUUCGAUGAAGAUCUGGGAGCGAUAUUUAGAGGGACUGAAAAAAGAAUUGGAAUUAGUACAAGAUGGCCGCGAGAGUAUGAUGCGCUAUCGGACCAUCAUCAAUGAGCCGCUCGAUAGCCAACAAAAUUUGCGGGAAGCUGUCGAGAUGUUCGAGCUUCUUUUCAAUGUUCAUCGAACGAUCAACGGCGAAUAUGAAUGGCUGACGUCGCAAUUCAGCGCGAGCCACCACAAAACUUUUAUAAAUAAUCUAAGGAAAUGGUUGAAGCAGAUUGAGAAAAUUUGUGCGAACGCGAAAUCGAGCAUGAUCAACUAUGGCGAAAGUAUGAAAAUCAAUUCGUCAACGGAAAGCGAUUCUCGAUUGGUCGAUGAGUACGACAGAAUGAUGAACUCGAUCGGCGAACUCACACCGAAUUUGAUACCGAGCGUCGAAAUGAUUCUGAAUUCGCAAACCGACGUCAACUUCGAGGUUCCAACGUCGCAAUUCAAAACGCCAUUGUUUUUCGCAAUGGCUCAAAAUGCCGAAGAAGCGCAUCGCGAAGCCAUUGAAAGAUUGUUGAGAGAACGAGAAGAAUCUUGGUCCUUGCGAGACCAAGAGAAAGACGAAUACGAAAAGCUGGAAAUUCUUCAGAGCCAGAAUCCGGAGAAUUCAAUGUUGGCCAUUCUAAUGGAUUCGAUUCAUCAAAUUGCUUCCAAAUGCUACCAAGUCGAAGAGGAGAUCGAAAAAUUCAUGACAAAGUACGUCAUAAAGUGCAUUGAAGAAUGGAUGAACCACGAAAAAAAUAUGGAAGUUAAUUCGAUUUUGACAAGAUUAUUGGAGGAAAUCGGAAAGACGCGUGGAGUGUGGUCCACAGCUCCAAUCCUAUCGAAAGAGGUUAAUCACGAAUUUUGCGGAUCGGUGAGUCGAGAAUCUCAGGAAAAUUUUGGGAAUUGUUAUGCUUCAACAAGGCAAGAAGCUGACAGCACAGAAUUCGUGAGGCGACAACCAUCAUCGUAUGAUUCUAAAAUUGAGGAAGAUUCGAGAAUUGCGGAAUUUGAGAAGAAAUUGAAAGAAGAUCAAAUUAGAUCUGCUGGAAUUUUAGACGAAGCGAAAAAACACAAGGAAGAAAUGGAUAAAGAAAUUGAAAAAACGCAAAGAGAAGGUCAGGAGAAAAGAAAAGCACAAGAUGAGGCGAGUCGAAGAAGACAGGAAGAAAUUGAAGCAAAAGCGGAGGAAAUGAAACGACAAUUCGAAAGACAAAACCAAGAAGCUGAAAAAGCAUUACCAAUCAUUUUUAAAGAAACUGCGGAAUUUGAAAAAAAAUCGAAAGAAGAUCAAAUUAGAUUGCCUGAAAUUAAAGCAGAGCUGAAAAGAAAAGCGCAAGAUGAGGAGAUUCGAAGGGAGAAUCAGAAAAAAAUCGAAGAAAUAGAACAACAGAAUAGAGAAUUCGUCGAAAGACUUAGAGAACAGGCCGCUUUGAACGACUAUGAGCCACCAUUGAUUAAUUUUGAAAUUGAGGAAGAUCCGAGAAUUGCGGAAUUUGAGAAGAAAUUGAAAGAAGAUCAAAUUAGAUCUGCUGGAAUUUUAGACGAAGCGAAAAAACACAAGGAAGAAAUGGAUAAAGAAAUUGAAAAAACGCAAAGAGAAGGUCAGGAGAAAAGAAAAGCACAAGAUGAGGCGAGUCGAAGAAGACAGGAAGAAAUUGAAGCAAAAGCGGAGGAAAUGAAACGACAAUUCGAAAGACAAAAUCGAGAAGCUGAAGAAGCUCAUCGAGAAAAAAUGGAACAAAUUGAAAAUGAGCGACGAGAAAAUCGGGAGAAAUUUGAAAGGAAUCUCGAAGAAAAUGCGAGAAGAAUGAAAGAAUUAAUGGAGGAAGUUAAUCGAGCAGUUAAUGCGCGGAUAAUGACAGAAAACCAAAUAAGGAUGUGGAAGGAACAUCUGGAUUCGCUUAGAAGGCAAAUUGAGAAUGUCAGUAAGCAGAAUUUGGAUCGAUACGUUGAGGAACUCAAAAAUCGAUACAGUGAUUUCGGAUUGAAGUUAGUCAAGUCUCAAACAGACCAAUUAAUGGAAGCCGUCGAAUAUCUUCAUCUCGAAAUGUGUGAUGAAUACGAAAAGCUGGAAAUUCUUCAGAGCCAGAAUCCGGAGAAUCCAAUGUUGCCCAUUCUAAUGGAUUCGAUUCAUCAAAUUGCUUCCAAAUGCUACCAAGUCGAAGGGGAGAUCGAAAAAUUCAUGGUAUUCAAUCAUUUGUAA